AUGAGCCGCAGCAAUGUCACGGAUCGGCUCUCGCAUGAUCUUGGGAAUCUGAACGCCGAUUAUCAUAAGGCUGAGUGUGGUGAUGGGAUCUACAUGAAACUGGAACACUGCAAGACUGGAGAGAGUUUCCGGUCUCUUGACUUCUGCGGCGGCGCCGCUGUGGCAUGCCUAGGAAAUGGAGGCGAGAACGCUUCAGCGGAGUACGUUCGGGUCGCCGACGCUGCAGCUGCUCAAAUGAAGAAGUUGGCUUAUGUUUCACAUACCUCUUAUCGUUCCGACGUUAAUUUUGACCUAUCCGAACUGCUGGUCCGAAAUGCCAAUAGAUAUCUUGUCCUGGACGAAGAGACACAUCAGUGGCAAUAUAAGGAUAUCGAGGCGGACGAAAGCUCCAAACUAUCUCAUGCUAUCAUUCUGAACUCGGGUAAACUAUUUUCAUCAUUCUGUGUCGAGCACCUGGUUAAUAGUUUGAAGGUUCCGAGGCCGCUGAGACGGCGAUCAAGGCAGUUUGGCAGUACUGGGGAGCACAAGGAAAGCCGAACAAAAAAAAGAUCCUAUCACGAGAAAGCUCAUACCAUGGCCACGGACGCCAAUGGCAUGCGCAUCGGACUUUGGCAAUCUUCAAACCAGUACUAUCCUCAUGGGGAUAAAAUUGAGAAUGAGACCGAAGAAGAGUAUGUGGAUAGGUUGUUACGCAAUCUCAAGAUGCAAAUCAUGCUUCAUGGAGCUGACACCAUCGCUGCUAUCUGGAUCGAACCGGUCUCGGGAGCUGGCCUGGGCUGCCAGCCCGCCGGACCAGGAUACCUCAAGGAGAUAAAGAAGCUCUGCCGAAACAAUGAUAUAAUUCUGGUGUAUGAUGAGGUAAUGUGUGGAAUGGGUCGCAUGGGGAGUAUGCACGCGUGGCAUUACGACCAAGCUCAGCUUUGCGCCCAGCUGGAAGGAGAUUCGGAUGCUUCAGAUAAAACGCAUCAUCUGGGAAGACAAGGUCAAUGUCUUCAGAGCCUAGCCCCGGAUAUCCAGAUGAUGGGGAAGUGCCUUGGAGCUGGCAUUAUGCCAGCUGCCGGUCUGAUCGUGAACAGAAGGGUUGCCGACGGCCUCGCCCCGAAAUUCAUUCAUAGUUUCACGUAUCAAGCUCAUCCGACAGUAUGUGCUGCUGCCUUGUCAGCCCAAAGGGAGAUUCAGAUACUACUUGAAGCCGGGAAAAUCCAGAAACUUGCGAAAUGCUUGGAACGGGAGAUUAAAGAAAAGCUCUAUCCGUUAGGAAAUGUGGCCGAUAUUCGCGGACGAGGGUUGUUCUGGGGCAUCGAGCUUCAACACGAUGAUGGUGGAGCGUGGGCUCAUGAUGUCUCAAUGGAGCUUGUUGCUUUUGGAGAAGACGACCAUUUCAUUCAGGAGGAUGCAUGCAUUAGAUUUUAUGGUUCCGGGUGGAGACUUCGAAAACAUGGGGAGCCGGAAAGAAAGGGCGAUCACAUCAUGUUGUCGCCUGCAUUCACUUUCACAGAACGUGAUAUCAUAGAAGGGGUCUCGAGGCUCGCUAACGUUGUGCAGAGAUAUUUUGGGGAGAGUGCAUACAUCUCACGUCACAGGGCCAAAGAUGCUAAAGGGGCGUUUGUGCCCUGA